CUGGGCUUCCAGACAGCCCAGGCGCGUCAACGUGACAGAGGCCGUGUUAGCCUCCACUCUCCGUGUUAUUAUCACUGCUACGGUUGGAAAUACUCUCCAGUAUUGGGCAGGCACACUAUGGUAAAACGUCGCUCCGUCUCAGAAGGAGGAGACGCCGAACCUGCCGCUCUGACAUCGACCUCUACCACCGGAAACCCGUUAGCUUUGGCAGCUAACGCAGGCUAGCUAACGUUAGCUGUUACGUACCCUGGUUUUUUCCACGCAGCUGACCUCCACCACAACACAGGAACACAGGGGAUACCUUGCUAGGUUGGGGUCGCUACUCUCCCGUGUCUUCUCCCCCCGUGUGGUGCCCCGUGGACGGUUCCCGAAUAUGAUCCAUAAUGAGUCAAAGAGACACUCUGGUUCAUCUGUUUGCUGGAGGAUGUGGGGGCACGGUAGGAGCCAUACUGACGUGUCCGCUGGAAGUCGUGAAGACGCGCCUGCAGUCGUCCUCCAUCACUCUCUACGUGUCUGAGGUCCAGCUAAGUACGGUCAAUGGGGCCAGCGUGGCCCGCAUGUCCCCGCCCGGACCCCUGCACUGCCUCAAGUUGAUUCUGGAGAAAGAGGGACCUCGCUCUCUCUUCAGGGGCUUGGGGCCAAACUUGGUGGGCGUGGCACCUUCCAGAGCGAUCUACUUUGCUGCUUACUCCACUGCCAAAGAGAAACUGAACGGUGUGUUGGAACCUGACUCCACUCAGGUGCACAUGGCGUCAGCUGGGAUGGCAGGUUUUACAGCCAUCACAGCAACCAAUCCUAUAUGGCUCAUAAAGACCCGCCUCCAGCUGGACGCCAGGAACCGAGGCGAGCGGAGGAUGAGUGCGUUCGAGUGCGUGCGGCGAGUUUACCAGACGGACGGCCUGCGAGGUUUCUACAGAGGCAUGUCGGCCUCCUACGCUGGCAUCUCAGAGACUGUGAUCCACUUUGUGAUCUAUGAAAACAUCAAACGGCGCCUCCAGGAGGCCAAGGCGCCGCCCAACAUGGACGAGGAGGAGGACACGUCCAAAGACGCUUCAGACUUUAUUGGGAUGAUGCUCGCUGCUGCCACCUCCAAGACCUGCGCCACAACCAUCGCUUAUCCUCACGAGGUGAUCCGCACCAGGCUACGUGAGGAGGGCACCAAGUACAAGUCCUUCUUCCAGACUCUGACCACGGUGCCCAAAGAGGAGGGCUACCGCGCCCUCUACCGCGGCCUCACCACCCACCUGGUCCGACAGAUCCCCAACACCGCCAUCAUGAUGUGCACCUACGAGCUGGUGGUCUACCUCCUGAACGGUUAAAGCCUCCCCGAGACCCCCUCUCCUCACGCAGAUCCUGUAUGUCCCCCUGCCCCCCGUCUGUCCGGACACGGAGAAAGAAAAGAGAGCCGACUGCUCACACCAGCCAGCACAACAAGCUGCUGCCAGGAGAGGAGCGAGCCAACGCCGUGACCUUUGCUCUGAGUGGCACGAGCUGGUUGUUAAAAAUAAGUUGGUGGUUUUGUUUUGUAACCAGAAGGGUCUGGCACAGGGCGGAGGGUCCAGGAGGUCCUCAUUGGUUUGGGGAUCUGGGUUUAGCAGCGGCAAAGAAAUAGUUGCCCCCUAUUUUUGAUUUUUAAUUCCAUCUUUUUCUCCCUUCGGUUGUGUACGUUGCUUUUGGAAGUGCUGAAGAAAGCCUUCCGGUAUAUUCUGCCUCUAACAAUACUAAUAAUCAAAGACAGGUACAGUAAUUCAAUCCUUACUACGUAGCCGAUAUAAAUAAGACCCUCCAGCAGCUGUCCUGCUGAUGAUUAAUGAUUUUAUUGGUAUCAUGCAGGAUUCCCUGCAGCCUGCAGAGUAACACUAGAGGACCAGAAUGAGCUGCCAGACUAGGGGGAGGGGCUCUCAAGUUCAGUUUUGAAUGCUUGAAGCAAGGAUGAACAGAAAAACAGGUGGAGGUGUGGAGAGAGAGAUGUGUGCCUUGUGUCAAAAUGUAGACUGACAUGCACAAUGGCUGCAGGAGGAGGCGGAGCCUGGCUCACCUGUCACAGGUUAGAGAGUCGUACACUGGUGUUUAUUACAGGUGUCCUCAAUGAAUCAUUAGACAAACUGAUCCUAAAGUGGUCGGCACCCGUAAUACAGGAAUGUAAACGCAUCAACAGCUCCUUACACUAAAUACCUACACGGUUAAUAUAACUUAUUCCAAGUGACCUGUAGAAGACUAAUCACUCAGAUUAAAUGGAGGGUAUAAACAGGUAUAAUCACCAUUAUAACUGAGAUGUAAAUGAUCAUAAUAAUAUUAUUAAUAAAUAAACAAUGAAGGCAAGGAAAUAAAACCCUGACCCCAUGUCAAGAAUUACAAAUAAAUAACAAAGUUUAACAGGUUGAACUAUAGAGAUAGAUUAAAGAGAUGUAACAGGCAGAGAUAAUGUGAUUGUUUCUGCCCAGAAACAGUGAGUGCAUUGUUGUUGGAUUUGUAUGGAAACCCUGAGAGAAAACAAAUAUCUAAAUCAUUUAGUAAAUCUGAUAAAAAUUGUUUUUGUCAUGUUUUUAUGACUUAAAAUCAGUUUGUUUGGAUCAUUUUUGUUGUAAUGCUGGUUUUGACCACAAGAGGCCCCUCUUCCCCACUUUUCAAAACAGGACUAAAAGCAUUCAUGUUUUCUUCUUGGUAAGUUUAAAUUUCUUUGUGCACUUUAAACAAAAUGCAUUGGUGCCUCUUGUGGCCAAGUUAGGUAUUACAACAACAAAGACAAUUAUAAAAAAAUAAAUAAAAGACCUU